AUGAGUCUAGUCGGAGCAUAUCAUAUGCCAAAAACAAAUGGAAACAUGUCGCAUGAUGAUCUUCUUAUACUUGAUUCUGAUUCAUCACAACAACAAUCUCAACCACAACGACCAUCACCACCAUUCUAUCUCUUAUGUCAUUAUCCACUUGAACCACCACCAACUGGCAGUACCAAUCUUAUUGUUCAUUCAGGCUUGAGUCGGGAUUUUGAUAAAUAUGUUAAACAACCUAUCCCACCAUCAUUAAGUGAUUUUCUAACUGAUAUACCAUUAGCUGAAACAGCUCAACAUAAAGCAGGCCAGUUUGCUGGUGAUGUACAUGGUGGUGUUGGAACAUUACGUUCGUUAUUAGCUGGUCCUAUCAUUUCCAAAGAAAUUAUUCCACUUACAGAACAGCAACUUAGUGCUUUCCGUCUACAUCGUGAACCAUUACUACCUGAUUUAUACCAAAUAUAUACAAGUUCACCAAAAGAACCACGUACAGCUCCAGCAACAGAAGCACUUAUUCCUCUACCAGUCGCAAAUCCAAUACCUGGGCCUUCACCACAAGUUCAACGCGUUAUCAAUGAGCCAACGUCACGUGUAUCUCCGGAUGUUAAACGAAAAGCGCCUGCUGAUAUAACACCUAUUAUUCAACCGCAAACAACAACACCUGUUGCUGGCAUUCUUAAUCGAACAACAAGCACACCAACAUUAUCAACUAAUUCAAAUUUAUCAUCGACUAGUGGCCAUUUAAAUGAUGAUCAAGACGAAAUGAAUUUGUCUAAAAGAAAAACAAAGAAAACAAAAAAAGAGAAAAAAACUUAA